CGCUGGGUGCUGGUCACUGUGCGUACAAGGUCAAACUCAGUUGUGCGCAAAAUAAACGCUUUCCGAACGACGAGGGUUUAACGUUGCCUGGGUCAGCAGUAGUCCCUCAGUAAUACGCGCUAGCUAGCGAGACAGUUAUGCUACCUGGCUACGUGUAUGGCUUUCUGUCCGACGGCUUGAAUGUUCUGGAGCCUGGGAAAGUAGCGUAGCUAUUCAGGGUGCGGAUCAGCUGGCUAGCUAUCUGCAUGUCCCAGUUUCAAAUGUAAAUGUUGAAUCCAUAUGGCAGCUUGUUGCCUGCGAUUACUGCUAGCAGUCAACGAAUGGAUGGCUCUGUACCUGUAGCAAGCGCGCAGGAGAACUUUCCGACGAAUCCGAGGAGCUCCGUUAGCUAGCAAGAGUUAGCUUGAGUAUUUGUUAGAGUAUUUGUGCUUGGGGCGUUAGUCAGCUAGCCACAAAAAACCCCACAAAAGUAUAGUCAGCUUCUCUUCUUUUUUCACAUUUUCUUUGUUUAACGUUAAUCUGCAACGUACUGAUGUAUCAGUUUAUACUGAUAUAAGCGAGCUAACGUCUCACUCAUUUCAUAACAGCAAUAUUCUGCAAGCUCGUCAACUGAAUUUAGCAAGGUUCCCUGACGGAGUCGAGAGGCACAUAAGGCUUGCAUUCCCAUGGCUGCAGCCUCCCAGCUCUUCCAGGUGAUCCGUGGCAUGGAGCUCGCUCGAAUUUGGCCACGUGCCAGAUUUUUGUGCCAAACCUGCUGCCAGUUCAGUCACCCGUGUGAUGCGAACUCUGGACCAAAGCAGCACACGUGGCGGGGGUACCGGACCUCGCAGGCAUGGCACACCUACUACCUGACACCCCCGCAGGUGAACAGCAUCCUGAAGGCCAAUGAGUACAGCUUCAAGGUGCCAGAGUUCGACGGCAAGAACUUGAGCUCGGUCAUGGGUUUCGACAGCAACCAGCUCCCAGCCAAUGCGCCCAUCGAGGACCGGCGGAGCGCGGCCACCUGCCUGCAGACGCGGGGCAUGCUCUUUGGCGUGUUUGACGGCCACGCCGGUUGUGCCUGCGCCCAGGCACUCAGCGAGAGGCUCUUCUACUACACUGCCGUGGCAAUGCUGCAGCAUGAGACUCUGGCGGAGCUGGAGAGUGCGGUGGAGGCGGGGCGGCCCGUGCAGCCCGUGCUGCAGUGGCACAAGCACCCCAAUGACUACUUCAGUCGCGAGGCCUCGCGCCUCUACUUCAGCAGCCUACGCACAUACUGGCAGGAGCUGCUGGACCUGAGCACGCCGGGCGAGGGGCCGGACACCGCUGAGGCCCUGCUCAGCGCCUUCAAGCGGCUGGACAGCGACAUCUCGCUGGAGGCGCAGGUGGGUGACCCCAACUCCUUCCUGCACUACUGGGUGCUGCGUGUGGCGUUCUCCGGGGCAACGGCGUGCAUGGCGCAUGUGGACGGUGCCGAGCUGCACGUGGCCAACACGGGCGACUGCCGGGCGGUCCUGGGCAUCCAGGAGCCUGACGGCUCCUUCUCAGCGCUGACGCUCUCCAACGACCACAACGCGCAGAACGAGGAGGAGGUGCGGCGCGUGCGGGCGGAGCACCCACCCUCUGAGGCGCGCACGGUUGUGAAGCAGGAGCGCCUCCUGGGCCUGCUCAUGCCCUUCCGCGCCUUCGGGGACGUCAAGUUCAAAUGGAGCAUCGACCUGCAGCGGCGCGUGCUGGAGUCCGGCCCCGACCAGCUGCACAACAAUGAGCACGCCAAGUUCGUCCCGCCCAACUUCCACACGCCCCCGUACCUGACAGCAGAGCCUGAGGUGCGGCGGCACCGGCUACGGCCACAGGACCGCUUCCUCGUUCUGGCCUCCGACGGCCUGUGGGAGACACUGCACCGGCAGGAGGUGGUGCGCAUCGUGGGUGAGCACCUAACCGGCGUGCACCAGCAGCAACCCGUCAGCGUGGGCGGCUACAGGGUCACCCUGGGCCAGAUGCAGGGGCUGCUCCAGGAGCGCAAGGCGCGCAUCUCCUCCACGUUCGAGGACCAGAACGCCGCCACGCACCUUAUCCGUCAUGCUGUCGGCAGCAACGAGUUUGGUGCCGUGGACCAUGAGAGGCUGUCCAAGAUGCUCAGCCUGCCCGAGGAACUGGCGCGCAUGUACCGCGAUGACAUCACAGUUAUUAUAGUGCAGUUCAACCCACAUGUGAUCGGGGCGCAAUAGACCCGAGUACACUGCGUUAGCGGCUUUGCACACACCACACAGCCAUGUCCGACGCCCAUGUAGGGCAUUCCCACAGUCACGCCACUGGCACACCUACUGACAAUCAAAUCAGCAUGCCAGCCCAUUUGUACUUGAGUCUGCAUACUAGUUAUGGUUCUGUGUGUGCGCACACGCGUGUGUGUGUGCUCAUUGCGAUAGUUGAGGGAAGGGCGUAAAGGCAGAGACUGAAACUGGAUUUGAAUUGCUUCACAGAUGCAGCUGUCUCACUGAUGUUUUCUGCAUCUCCUUGGAUGCUCGUGGUUAGUUUACAGUGUUGAAUGAAAUGUAUGGCUGGGGUUUUUUUCAUUAUAGCCUGUGUUGCCCAAUGAAUAGUCAUGUGUCAGAACUACACUGCAGUAUGUGCUGGAGCUGCCCAGAACUGGCCUUCUUUUUGCUAAUUGGCUAACAUCUAAAAUUGUUUACAGUGUUGAAUUUUACACAACUGUAAAUGGUCACAUUAACCAGCAUCUUUAUUCAUAUUUAAGAUCAUUUGACCAUGGGUCAUAGGGUGUUUUUAAGGUCAUUCAUUCACUUUCCUCACAGCCUUAUUGUAGUUUACAACUCCAGCACACCUGCUGAAAGUGACUGUUCAGUCAAGCAAAUUUAGGACUGAUGAGAUUGUUGGAACAGUAUUUUCAGUUAGAGUCUAUAUUUUCAUUUGAAUACAUGUAUUUUUAUUUUUAGAGCCUAUAUUUUAAUUCAUGAAGAUAUUUCAGUUGGUAGUAUAGUCAGUAAAGAGAAUUUCAGGUUUCAGAGGGGUUUCAGAAGAAUGCUGAGUGUGUUGGUGUGUGUGCAUCUUGGACAUGUGGUUAUAUUUAGAAACGUCUAACGGAAACUGCACAGUAUGGAUGCUUUUACUGUUACAGAUGAACCUGCAGAGUUAACCUAUAGCCAAAGAUUUGUCUUAAUGGUGUUAAAUCUCUUCUGGAUGGUCACAUAAAACAUAUUGACACAAGUAGUUGGAUUUUAGGAGCUGAAUUUACAAAAACCGCUAGAUCACAGAAAAUAAUAUAAUGCGGUGGUGUACAUGACAAUAUCUUUAUGACUUGAACUCGUAUAUUUUAACAGUUAACUGUAUUAACGUAGUGGUGGGCUGCACUCUUGGGGGUAAAAGUCAGAUUUUCAAGCUCCUCACUAGGAAUGGUAGCACCGCUGUCCCUUUGACCUAAACGUCGUGACUCCUUUGGAAAUGUGCCCACAGUGCUGACAUGUUACUUUGGAUUGGCCCUACACAUGUGGAGUAGCAGAUGGGGAGUGUGUGCGUGCAGUAAAAUGUCCAUGACUUUGGACCUUUUUUUGUUGUUGUUGUUGUUUUUUGUGACUGAUGAGAAUAAUUCUGCAAGUCUGUUAACUUGUUCUCUAUGAGGCUGUUUGACAGGCAUUUACGAGUCCUACUAGUGCAGACACAGAGGGGAGCUGUGUCUCUCUUGCGGUGUGUAGGCCUACUCUGCGUGAGGCACCGCUGAAGGUCUCAAGCAUGUCUGCAUCGUGCUUUCAGUUCAGUUCUGAAAUAAAUCAGAUGGUUUGAUGGAUGGGUUCUCAUGAAUGUCUGUAAUGGCAAUGUGUCUUCCAGCCAUGCCUGUUUGUUGUAGCCUGAGGGGGAGUGGCCUUGAAUUUCAGCUGGUAGUAUAAGCCUUGCCAUUCUGCAGUAAGCACACAGUUCCAAUAUAAGUUGAACCGCUUUAAUUGACUACAAAUGUCUUGGCAAAUAUGUGGUUUUCCACGACAUGAAGGAUGCAAAAGGUCAGACUGGUGGUUGGAGGUAAAUAUUUAACAAGGAGGAAGUGGAAACUUGAUAUAUAACUUUUUUUUUUUUUUUAAUAUAUUUUAAAAUUCAUUUGCAUGACUUUACUGGUCAUGUCCUACUACAUCCAUUACUGCAAAUUUGGAGCUAGACAUGGGUAAAUAAGGCAAAGAUUCAUGUACACAAACAGAAUAUUUCUUGUGUGUGUCUGUGUCUGUCCCCUCUUAUGGAUUUGCUGAGCAUAUUUACCUUGUAAACAGUACUAGUUGAGGCUGUUUGAGAAGCAGUUACUAAAGAACGUGUACAUAGUUAUAUUUAUCAUAAACAGUGCUUAAUACUUGAAGGUCAUUUAUUCACCUUUAAUGAGUUUGAAGUGUUGAAUAUAAAAUAUUUACUUGCAACUGGUAUAUUUAACAUUAUUCCCAUAUGUACUAGUGUAUGAAUGUGUUUGGGAACUCUUGUAUUUUGUAUAAAAGUUUUAAUAAAACAAAUGUCAUGGUC